CUCUGCUAAGACUUUUCCUUCACUCUAGACCUUCACUACGAGCCUUGCUCUUGGAGUCACAUGCUCUGUCGUCAUGCUGGACUAUAAAGCUGCUGACCCCCGCUCACUUUCGGUUCUUCAUCCUCACAUCAACCACUCAACAGGCCUCAGAUCUUGCGGUUCCGCAAGGUACAUUAGACUUCAAAAGCUGGAGAUUGUGGAGCUGUGCUGACUUGGUUGAAUGAACAAGGCAGGCCAGGAUGGCGGAUCUAGAACCAGAGGGCCAUGAUGAGGACGAGAUGACGGAUAUCGACAUCACUUCCGACGACGAACCAACUCCAAUCACCGAAGAAUUUAGGGAGGCCGGCCUGGUGUGGAAACCAUCGAAGAAGGCCGACUGCAAUCGGAUCAGCUUCCUCGACUGUCCCCGUGAGGUCUGGGACGAGGUAUACAGAGCAAGCUUGCUUAGAGGUGACGUAGAGCGCGACAUGUACUCGUACUGCGGAGAAGGACCCCGAUUCGUUUUCUCCCCGUACUAUGAUCCGCCGUUGUUCGUGCUCUUCUCCGUUUGCCAGCAGCUGCGAGCCGAGGCGCAGCAGGUCUAUUACCAGGAGACCACGUUCAUACAAGAGGGCGGAACCUUGGACGAUUUUCGUAUGAUCCUACUCGAAGAUCCCAACUGCCGCGACAAUUACUGCACUAUCCUGAGGAAAUUCUACGACCCAUUCCGAUGCGCCUGUGUCAUCGUCCCCGAGCCAUACUCGUCGUUGGUUAGGCGACUGGACCUUUCCAUAACCUGGUCUUGCUAUUCGGAUGGUCCCUUGACAAAGGCGACUAAGAAUGCCGUCGCCAUGAUCACCGCGGCGUUUCCGAAAAUCUCGGCAACUCCCAAUGCUGCUCGCGUGGAUUUCAGAAUCAACUGUGCUAGUUUCUAUUGCCACCCAACGCUAUCAAAAGUCAAUCCACGCGAGAUCCCCGUGGAGCGUGCAGUGGAUCUCUUGGCUAGCGCGCUUGGUCUAGAGCUAGCUUUACCAGAAUGGUUCAAGCUCAGCUUCUCUGAGUCUCAGCGCGAGUGGCAGACCUAUGGUUGGCAGCCAGUCUGGGAGGCUUUGAAAGAGAGUGGGAAGUUCACCAACGUCUAGUGGACGGAUUCGACAUCAACGGCAGGACGGGUCGCUUAGUGUCUGGAAGGGCUUGGGCUGAAGGUCAUACAAUCGUGGACAAAUCGGCAUGAAGAUGUACGCCCUCUAACAAUUAGUAUGACUACUUGCCAGUUCUCUUGGCGGGGGUGACUUCCUUCAAUCCACCUCUUUCAUCAUUCAUUCUUCGUAAGCUUGGUUGUGGACAUUGUGAUCUCGUUUGUGUCGUGAUGCUUGUCUUUAACGUGUGUGUUUUUGGG